UAAACAUGUUUGUUGCAGUAUCUCGAGAGCUCCCAGUGGAGACGGAGACCAUCCAGACACAGCUUCACCAGAGCACCAACCAGGAGCAUUACACCUACACCAAUGUGCCCUGGAGGCUGUAUCUCAGAAAGGAGGUGUUUUAUCCCAAAGACAGCUUCAACAAUCCUUUGUUGCUAGAUCUCAUUUUCAAACAGAUAGUGAAUGACACCCUGUCAGAGGCGUGCGUUCGCAUCACCCGGGAUGAAAGGCAGAAAAUGAAAGCCCUUUUCGCAAAACAUGGUGUUGAGCAGAAUAUGGAUCCGGUGGAGGAGCAUGUGAAGAAAACGAUUGUGACAGCAGCCAGGGAGACCUGGGAAAUUUACUUCUCCCGACUCUUUCCUGCCUCGGGCAGUGUAGGAACAGGUGUGCAAGUGUUGUCAGUGUCCCACAGCGGUAUCAAAUUACUGAAGACGGUGAAAAGCAGCGCAUCAGCUCCAGACUAUUUCAGAGUCCUUCGACCAUACACAUACGCAGACAUCCUGUUUGUGACAAUCCCCUCUGAGAACAUGCUGGAGUUCAAUCUGACCAACGAGAAGCUGAUCCUGUUCUCCGCCAAGGCUUUACAAGUCAAACAUCUCAUAGACACCUUCAUCAAUGAGAUCAAAAAGGACUCCGACUACGUCAUCGCAGAGCGUAACUUUGUGACAGACGAUCGAUCGAGGCUCAGUUUCCAUAAAGGUGACAUCAUCAGAUUGCAGGUUAUGGACGGGCUAGAGAAAGGUUACUGCUAUGGCUGUGUGGUGAGGAAGAAGGUUGUGUUUUUGGAAGAGCUUAAAAGGGACACUGAAGACUUUGGUUGGAAGUUUGGAGCCGUGUUUGGCCGCUCCGGGGCAUUCCCCACAGAGUGUGUCCACCCUGUUGCUCCUCCUGAUUUCCUAUCGCUGCCGCUGGACCGAAAGGCAGAGCCUCGAGGCGGAGCUGACCAGUUCGCCGUGUCGUCAGCCAUUGCUGUUGCUGUGGCCUCCACCAUGGCUGCUCAUGAAAUAGAUCAAACGAUUGAGAGAGUUUCACUUGAUGGCUUCCCUGAUGGAGAGCCUGAUGAGAGGGCUCUGCAGGACAGUAAAUAUGAUAUGAUAGAGUUUGCCAAGAAGUACUUCAGGCAGGCACCAAAUGGACACGGAGAUUCCAUGAAGAGCAAAGGCAAAAGGAACGAUUUCAGGGAGCCUACUGACAUGAUUAAGUUCUCCAAGACCCCUCUGACUGAGUCUCUGAUAGAGUUCACAGAUGUAGCUAUGAACCGAGUGGCAGCUGAUCUCUACCUGUGCAUUAUGCGCUUCAUGGGGGAUUCUCCAUCUAGGGGUUCAUCAGAACAGGAAGUGGUCAACAUGUUCCUUAAGCUCAUUGGAGAAUUCACCUUGAUGAGGGAUGAAGCUUACUGCCAGCUCCUCAAACAACUUACUGCCAACACCAGCUCCAAACCCGAUAGUUGCCAACGUGGCUGGAGGCUGCUGUACAUCCUGGCUGCCUACCAUCGCUGCUCUGAAGUCCUCAAACCUUACCUGUUAAAAUACCUGCAGCAGGCUUCUCGCAGUGCAGGAGCACCAUAUCAAGGCAUAGCUAAAGCAUGUGAACAAAAUCUGAAGAAGACGUUUGUGUACGGCGGUCGGAUUGUUCCACCCAGCGGCAUGGAGCUGAAAGCUAUGAUGGCGGGACGCAGUUCAAAACGUCAGCUGUUUCUCUUCCCUGGAGGCAUUGAACGCCACGUGAAAAUCAAAACUUGUACUGUUGCCUUGGAGGUGAUAGAAGAGUUAUGCUAUGAAAUGGGAUUACACACACUAGAAGCCAUUGAAGAAUAUGCCAUAUUUUUAGUCACCAACAGAGGUCAGAAUGUUCGACCUCUGAACAAGAACGAGUACAUCCUGGACGUUGCCACAGAGGCAGAGGCAGUCGACUCAGGCUACAGUCUGUGGUUCCGGCGAGUUGUCUGGACUCAGUCGCUCAGGUUCGAGAAUGAGCUGAGUGUGGCCAUGCAGUAUAACCAGAUCCUUCCAGACUACCAGAAAGGCCUGCUAAAUGUUCUCUCACAUGGAAAAGUGAGCGAUCAACAGUUCCACCAAAUAUCAAAGCUGGCUGCUUUGCAGCAUAGAGCCAAGGACAACAUCUAUACUCCCAGCAUACACGAGCUAUCAGAGUACAUUGCUGCACCUCUCUUCAAAAAGCAGCCCCCACAGCAGUGGGUUACCAUGGCAACGCAGCACAUGCAGCAAGUGCAGCCUCUGAGUCCACAUCAGGCUAGGGCACAGUUUCUCGGCCUGAUCAGUGCGUUCCCCAUGUUUGGUUCCUCAUUCUUCUACAUCCACAGCAGCAGCUCCACCACCUUCUAUGCUCCUUGCAUUCUAGCUGUUAACCCACGUGGUCUCCACUUUCUGCACAAAAACACACAUGAACUGAUGGCAGCCGUCCCCCUUGUGGAGGUGCAGGGCAGUCGCACCCAGAGGCACAGUACUGGAACCAGCUACCCGUAUGUGGACCUAACUGUGGGGGACAUGAACACACAGCGGGUCAUUCAGCUGCAGCUGGAGCAGGGCCUGGAGCUGUGUCGAGUUAUUGCCAUGCAGGUUGAAAAUAUGAUGUCUGUGAGAGAAAAGAGGCUCACUCUGCCACCCAGCGAAAUCACCAUGCUGUGAUGUGUGCACAUGUUUCAUAGUAUGCACAAAUGUUUCUGCACAUGUACACGUAGCUACCUUCGCACUCCUUCAGUGGUUUGUUGUGUAGUUUUCACAGUGACAUGGGAAAUAUCAGGAAGUCAUUCCAGGUUUUACUGGAUUAUUUCUCUGAAGUUACAGAAAAACACAGCUGAGUGAUAGAUUUGGAUCCUCCAUCUUAUUCUUUGUGAGAAUUUAUAGCUUCACUCACUGUUGUGUUUUCAACAGAUAUCUUUGGCAUCUUUAAAUGUUUUAUAGUUAAUCAGUUUUAUGCUUUUAUGUUAUUUGUAUGAUUGGUAAUGAUUUGUAAACAGAAGAGUUGAUAUAUUUUGUAAAACAAAUAUUUUUUCAGAAAAAAAAAUAAAAGCAUGAAUAGAC